GCGACCAGCAAUUGGUUUGCUUCGCGCCCUUCGGGCUCUGAAUUUGGAAAUUAGCUAGAAAAGAUGACGGAUUAACACCUCAGAAGAUCCUAGCUUUUCCAACGAGUGGGCUUAUUCUCAUAUUCUUCCCAACCUGACCUUCUCCACGUGUCGGGCUUCUCCUCCCUCCACUGCUCAGAGGCUGUGGCGGACUUUUGUGCUGUGCAGCGAGUAUUGCUACCGUCUCUGUGAUUGUGAUUAUCAAUUGACAAUUGACAGGGCAACCGUAAUUGCACGCUCGGAAGGACCGUUUGUCUGCAGAAAGGACCGUCUGAUUAAUUUUGAAUCCACAUUGUGUGUGUUGGGAGAAAUAUUGUGUAUUAACUUGUAAAAAAAAAGCUACUGAGACACACCGUAUUGGUAGAAGUAUAGCAGUUCCUAGCCCAGGGUUGGUCUCUGGUCUUCUUACAUUCGUGACUUUAGAUGUUGUGGGCUAGAGGACAGGACUGGCAGUUUCAAAGAAGAAAGGAGAAAUAAUAAUUAAGCUGUUCACGUUUUCUUGAAAAAGGCCGUGUUUUCACUCAUCCUGGGAUGCAGCUUAUUUAUUGAACGGAUGAUAGUUUCUGGGUUUGCAUAGCAUAUGUAAAGCAAUCAGGGUCGGGCAUGUGUGCGGCAUGUCCCAGUGAUGGGAAGACGUGAACAUGACGUCAGAGUGUGUACUCUGCCCAUGUGUACACGGGUUCUUUUAUCUGAAUGAAAGUCCUGCUAUUGAUGAAAAGAUAACAUCUCAGCUAAACAUAUGUUUCAGUGCCGGAAUAACUAGUAAAAGCAAUACUGAUUCCACUCCGCAGUCCAAAAUGAAGGUGUUGUCAAAUGCCCUUGAGCUCUGCUGAGCAUGCUCACUUUACUCUAAUGUCUUCAGUGCGUUUGAUUCUUUAGUUGUAUUCUCCUUUUCUGUGAAGGCAGAUGAGAGAGUAGCAGAAAGAUCUACACUACAGUUUCAGCAUAUAUCCAGAACGGACACCAUUUGCUCUAUUUUUGACUUUCCAGUUUAAAGGCAACAACACCCAGGUCUAUUUUCGAUGAAUUUAGAAGGCAGAAAUGGAUAUACGGCUGAACAUUGCAGAGCAGCUUCCUUAUCCUUAACAUACUUGGCCUUUGGUUAUUUUGUUAUACAACACCCUCUAACAAAAGUCCUUCUUAUUUGAUGAAAUGGAUUCUUCCAAGCAGUAUCCAGUGAAAAAACGAGUGAAAAUUCAUCCCAACACUGUGACAGUGAAAUAUAGUUCUUAUUAUCCACAGUCUGGAGAAGAAGGGUUUGAGGAAUCUAGUGAAGAUCAUGAGAGUUUUACAGAAGAUAAUCCAAAAAGAAGAUUGUUGAGUGAUGGACAGCGAACAGGAAAGUCUUUCUUUGGAACAAUUGACAUUCCAUUGCAGACAGGACAGAAGCUAGAAGUCAACAAGAAUGAACAAGGCCAAGAAUUUAUAGGGGGAAGCAUUUUUCAGUCCAGAAAAACUUGGGCUGUUCUUUUUGGAUCUGCUUUGGCCCAUGGUUGUGUAGCUCUGAUAACCAGACUUGCUGCCGAUCGUUCCAAAGUGCCAUCUCUUGAAUUGAUUUUCAUUCGUUCUGUUUUACAAGUGUUUUCUGUUUUAGUAGUAUGCUACUACCAUGAAGACCCUUUUGGACCAAAAGGCCAUAGAUUGCGGCUAUUCUUCUAUGGAGUAUGUAAUGUUAUUUCUAUUACCUGUGCUUAUACUUCCUUUGCAAUUGUUCCUCCAAGCAAUGGGACUAUUAUGUGGAGAGCUACCACCACUGUUUUCAGUGCCAUUUUAGCAUUUUUACUAGUGGAUGAGCGCAUGGCUUAUAUUGAUGUAAUUACUGUAGUGAGUAGUAUCUUUGGAGUUUGUUUGGUCAUGAUCCCCAACAUUGUUGAUGAAGAAAAUUCUCUGUUGAAUAUCUGGAAGGAAAUCUUUGGAUAUACAAUGACAGUUAUGGCAGGCUUAACCACAGCUCUGUCCAUGAUAGUAUAUAGGUCCCUUAAAGAUAAUGUCAGCAUGUGGACAGCAUUAUUUACUUUUGGUUGGACUGGAACAAUAUGGGGAGCCUCAACUAUGUUUUUCCUUCAAGAGCCAAUAAUUCCAUUGAAUGGAGAAAGCUGGGGCUAUCUCAUUGGCAUCUGUAUAUGUUCUACUGUGGCUUUUCUUGGCGUCUACUAUGCCUUGAGCAAAUUCCAUCCAGCAUUGGUUAGCACAGUGCAACAUUUGGAGAUUGUGAUAGCCAUGAUUCUUCAGCUUCUUAUACUACACAUCUUCCCCAGCGUUUAUGAUAUAAUUGGAGGAGCUGUUAUCAUUAUUAGCAUAAUUUUCCUUGCAUGUUAUAAGCUAUCUUGGAAAAUCUUUAAAAAACAAGAUUACCAGGAAAUAUUAGAUUCUUCUAUUAAAUGAAUACAAAAUUAGUGUAUUUUUAUGUAGUGCAGUGUGCAAUUAAUAUGACUGUGUGUGUAUAGUGCUAGUAACAGCAUACUAUGAUUUGUUGUUCAGGUACAUGACAUCAAGUCAGUCCUAAUACAGUUCAGUACAGUUGUAUGAAAAUAUCUUUUUCAGAUAUGUGAAAAAUGUUUUAAAAUGUGAAAAUUAUGAAAAUCAUAUUCUUAGAUAGUAUAUAGAAAGUGCCAAAGAUUGAUAUAGACAGGUUUUGCUAUGAAAAUGGUAUGUCUAUGUAAUAAUCAAGAACUAAUCUCAGUUCAGUGGAGUCUUUAUUUUUUUAUCUUUGGAAUCUAGAAAAUAUAAUUUUAUUCUGUGUUUAAAAUAACACAGUAAUCUUCGUGUGGAAUAGAAGUAAAUCAUAACAAUCUUAUUCCUUUACUGGUUACAGAAACAAUUAUAUAGAAUUUGUCUUUGAUAUUUGGCAUGUGGUUCAUUGUUAAAGAUAACAUAUGAAUUGUGUACCUACAGUUCUUCUUUUAAAUAAAAUGUAGUAAUAAUGAGCAAGUUGGUAUUUGAACCGAUGAAUGCAAAUUACCAUUUUAGGACUUAAUUCAAGACCAGAAAAAAUGUAAUUGCAAAGGAAAAAAUGAAUAUGUAGUCCGAAGAUAUUUGAUGUUGUUAAUGAAAACCAUGUAAACUUUGUAACAUGUAAUAUUUUAUUUAAAAAAUGUUUGUGUGUUUAGGAUUACAAAUUUACAAUUAUCAAAUAUUUGACAUAAUUAUGUGGUAUGAAUAAUUCAAACACUUGGAUUAUUCUGAUUGUGAUUAUAUGAUUCACGUGACAUAACAUGGCUGACCUUGUCUGUGCUCAGAAGCUAAGUUGGGCAUGGCCCAAUUACCGUAGUUUUGAUGGACACGACUAGCAAAUACCAGAGCUAUAAACUGAGAAGUCAAAAACUAUCCCUGAAACUAUUUCCACACUGUUGCCAAGAAGUCAUUAGCAGUUGAGCUUGACUGGAAGAAAGCUUUUACUUUACCUAAUACUUACGUUAUUGUAAUUCCAAUACUUCAAGUCUCUAUUUUACCCCAUCUGAAUGUUUUUG